AAAGUAGAAAAGGGAUGCUAGCUAACUUUUUAGAAAGAAUCUUUUAGUAUGUUGUCUGUUGCUUUUGAUUUUAGAUGGUGUCAUCAAUUUCAUAAUAUUCUAAAAUGUUAAUUAGCACUAUAUAUACAACGUAACUCAUCAUCAGCCCAAGUACUCAACUUAAUGUGACACAUACUGUAUUAAUAACACAAUUAUAGUUGCGUUGAGUAUUCGAAUUUGGGCAUGGCUAACAUGCAGAUAGUCCCGGCAGGCAGAAAUGUUAACGUAGAACCUCAGUAUGUGGAAAUGAUGGUGCCACUCUACUCUUAUGGUUGUGAGAGAAAAAUCAACAAUGCUCUUUCCCAUAUCAAAGGGAUAUAUUCAGUGAACGUAGAUUUUGAACAACAAAAGGUGACAAUAUGGGGAAUCUGCAACAAGUAUGAUGUGUUAGCCAGAGUUAGAAGCAAACGAAAGGCGGCUCGUUUUUGGAAUGAAGAAGACAACAUGGAAGAAUCAGAAAGAGAUUCAUCAUCAAGCUCACCAGCAGCUUCUCGUUAUCGAAUUAGGCCUAGGGCGCAACCUUUAGCUCUCAUAAGGGCUCGAUCUCUAAGCUUGAAAUUAGCUUUAAAAAAGGCCUUCACAAGAUCAUAUUCAUUCUAAUGAAAACAUCAACCCCUCAAUUAUGAAUGAGCCACAUUGUAAAUAGAUGCCAAUUUUGUUAAUUGGCGAUUAAUUAAGUUUUCCUAGGUUCGCUUUUUGUGGCACAAAUGAAUAUUAAUCCCUAUAUGUUUUGUUUAUUAUGGCAAUAGUUUUAUGGAGUUUUAACAUAAAAACUCAACUUCUAUUUUUACUUUAUCAAUUAAUGCUCCUAAUUAAGCUACUACUAAUCUCACUACCAAGAACAAUCGUAUGCUUUGUUAUAUGAAAAUAUGACUAAGAUGGAGGAUUCAUGUGGAAAUAUAUCGAAUUACUUUUGUAACCCUGAGAAGAUGCUUAUAUAUAGAAGAGUAAAUUAAUGUAUUUGUACUAUGUUAUGAACGUGUCUCUUAUUUCUUAGUUGCUUA